UGGGAGUCGCAGUCCUGGAGGGUCUCUUUCGGGUCCGCAAGAUGCGGAGGCUUCGGCCUGGGCCUCCCCUACGGGGAAGGGGAUGCAGCCGUGACCCGCCUCUCUUUCUCCCCCGCAGGAGGACGGAGGAGCCCGGCGGGGCAAAGAAGGAAGCGCCGCCCGAGAGGAGGAGAUGGAGAGCGGGCCCGGCGGAGCAGCCCUGCCCAGUCCCGGCGCAUCUUCCCCGGGAGACGGCGGGAAAAGGCCGGGAGGCUCUGGGGCAGCAGGAGGGAUGAGUCGAAGGGGACUCCGGGAAAGGCGGCUGCCCGGAGGGCGAUGCGGGGAGAAGGAAACGGGCGGAGCCCCCGAGACGGUCCUGGAGGGCGGAGAAUCCUUCGAAAGACCUGGGAAUCCCCAAAGGAUCCAGAAAGGAGGAAAGAAAUAUCAGUGCCCAGAAUGUGAAAAAUCCUUCCCCAAAAAUGGAGAUCUUCAAAGGCAUAUAACAAUCCACACAGGAGAAAGGAAAUAUCAAUGCCUGGAAUGUGAAAAAUCCUUCAAAAGAAGUUAUCACCUUCAAAGGCAUCUAAGGAUUCAUACAGGACAGAAACCAUUUAAAUGCCUGGAGUGUGGAAAGUGCUUCAAUAUAACGGUAAGCCUUUAUAGACAUCAAAGAAUUCACUUGGGAGAAAAACCAUUUAAAUGCCUGGAGUGUGGAAAGUGCUUUACUGAGAGUUCAGGCCUCUAUCAUCAUAACAAAAUCCAUACUGGAGAGAAACCCUAUAAAUGCCUCAAAUGUGGAAACAGCUUCAGUGAGAGAAGAGACCUGCGUAGACAUGAAAUGAUUCACACAGGAGAAAAACCUCAUCAAUGUCUGGAGUGUGGAAAGAGCUUCAAUCGGGAGGGAAUCCUUUACAAACAUCACAGAAUCCACUUAAGACACAAACCAUAUCAAUGCCUGGAUUGUGGCAAGUCUUUCUCUUCAAAGAGAAGCCUUGAUUCACAUCAAAAAAAUCAUUCAAGCGGAAAACCACAUAAAUAACUGCAGUGGGGACAUCUUAAUCAUGAUAGUUAGU